UUGAGGAGCAGAAAGAAGGCUAGCAUGGCUUGAAGUGCAGUGAUUAAGGGGGCGAGUAGUACAAGGUGAAGUAAAGGAGGUGGGGCUAGAUGAGCUAGGGCCUUAGAGGCAUUGUGAAGAAUUGAGGCUUCAUUCUAAACAGCAAGAUUUUAAGCAGGUAAAAGACGACAUUUUCAGGAAGGAGUUUUGUCCUAUUUUAUCUCCCCUAGGUCAUAGGCAGGUGUACCACCAUGUUACACCCUACCCCAAACUGGAUUUUAGAGGAAAUGUAGAGGGAGGAUGCCUUUGCUGACAUACAUUCCAUCAUUUAUUGCACUGGCAAGAAGGAACUUGAGCUGAAAAGAACUAUUUCCCACCAAUUUAGGUUCUUUUAAACAUUCCUACCACAGUGAGGACACAUGAAUAGAAGAAGAAAAUUUCUUCUUGCCUCAGUUCUUGCUCUCCAGAAUUCUAGUUUUAUAUAUCCUUCAUGUCAAAAGUGCUUCUCUCGGAUAAUCCUGGUCUCCAAAAGGUCUAAUUGUCCAAAAUGUGGCUCUACUGGUGAAGCUGAAAAUGCCAGUUACAGAUAUAAGCUUGCCUUAAAAGUUGCAGAAUCAAACAAAUUAUUUGGUAUUACUGUAUUUGGAAGCUGCUUAGAUGCAUUUUUUGGUCUUACAGCCACUGGUUUGCACAGGUACAUUGAAGAUCCUAACGAAAUUCCAGAAACACUGGACAGUGAUGCAACUCAGACCCUAUUAACUAAAGCAGUUGAAACUUGCUUUAUUGGACAAAGCUUUAUUUUUGGAGUGACGAAUUUUGAAAGCCAACGUGGACAAGGUUCAGGUUCCAGUAACCUCUUAGAGCAGUACUCAGACCACAAGAGAAAAGUUAAAGCACUAGUAGCUUGCCAGAUUGUUCUACCAGACCCAAGUGUCGUAGGCUUCACUGUCAUUGACUAUUUCCAUCGGCUUUUGCAGCUUUCUGAUACCAGGAAACUUCACUGUGGCUCCCAGGCACCUAAUAGCCACUUACUUGCUUUAGAUAAUUCAAAUAGCGAUGUCAGCAGCAUAUGUGGCCCUGACAGCAGUUCUUGUUGUUUUGAGUCCCAUGGCAGAGAUGAUUUUUCAGGAUUCUGGCAGCUAUCACUUGAACUCACUUCCGUUGUUUCACAAUUAAUAGAUGAUGAUGAUUUUUCAGCUUCAGAACAAAGCAAGGCCAUUGAUACUCUUCACCAGAACAGAAUGUGCAUCUCCUCUGCAGAGGCCACUGGUUCCAAUAGCUGCCAUGAUACCAUUCAGGGUUUAUGGAGCCCUGUUUCUUAUAUGGAUAAAAAGAGUGCAGCACAAAAGCUGGGUGAAGAACUUGGCUUACAAGCUAAUCAGCCAAGUGUGGUUCAUAGCAAUCAUCAUGAAAUUGGAGUUCCUGGUUCUAAUUUAUUCCCUUUGAAAGUGCAAGAGCCCCUUGAGCCAAGUAAUACAAAAUCCUUCCACAGUGCAGUGGAAGUUAAAAAUAUAUAUUCCCAGCAUGAGCUAACAUGUCACCAGUAUCAUGAUGUAGAUACCCCCACUAGCUUUCAGGAGAGAUCUAUGUGCUGUCCACCUUCAUCACUCAGACUUGAAGAGAUAGCUGGGGGUUCUCAGGACUGUGACCCUGAGAUCUGGGCUGACCUUCCACUCUCUGAAAGCCUAAACAAAUUUCUGGCAGCUAUCGAAAGUGAGAUUGCUAUAACCCAGACAGAUGGCAGUAGCAGGAAAUGUCAUCUAGAUAAUGACGUCAGUAAAUUACAUGCAGACCACAGCAGGUUAUCCGUGACUACACAGAGAACUACUAGAUCCUUGCAUACACCACCUAUAAGCUUAAGAUCACCACAAGCAACAGUCAAAGCAAACUCCAGCAAAAAUAACUUCCUUUCCAACUGUGAAGCAAAUCCAAGUCCUAGUGUUCAUAAGGAGUCACAACCAGAGAACACAGCAGAGACUAUCUGUAUAAGUAGUAGUGAAAAAGGCAUUUCUGAAAAUCUUCUACCAAAUGUUUAUCUGUCAGCUCUGUUUCCAUCUUCAAAAGGCCCAGGCACAACAGUUACUCUUAAGCCUACCAGAAUUCCACCACAUGAGGCUGAAAUUUCACCUAAGCAUGAUACUUCAGAGACUGACCAUUCUUGUCUCAAUAGCAAAUAUUUUAAUGGAUGUGGAGAAAAAUCACUAUCCAAAAUGAGUGAAAAGUUGACAACUUUGAGUUCUAGGAGGUAUAAUGAUGUUUCCAACCUUCACAACUUAGAAAAUAAACAAUACUGUAGGCGGCCAAAGAACCAGGGUGACAGUUUGACAAUUUGCAGGAAACUCACAUAUCCUUUAGAAGCUCUUUGCAGUAUGCCAAAUAGAAGUACGAACACAUUGAAAGAAAUGUCUUUUGAGCACACUGUUAAUAACCUAACAGUAAACUGUUCUACUGGUCAUGAAGGUGGCUACAAUGCUUCUGCUGAUCUCUUUGAUGAUAGUCCUAAAGAAAUGGACAUGGCAACAGAAAUGACCAAAAAGUCACAGGAUAUUUUGUUACAGUGGGGAAAGUCUUUGGCAGAAAGUCAUCAUACAGAAUCUGAUUUUUCAUUGAGAUCAUUCUCUGAAAACUCCAGCCAGUCUUCACAAAAAUUAUCCUUGCAAAACACAUCUGCCUCUCUGUAUCUAAAAACAUGUCCCUCUCCACCUCAUUUUCAGUCAGAUUCAGAAUAUGAUUUUGAAGAUAGCCAAGACUUUGUUCCAUGUUCACAGUCAACUCCAGUUAUAGGAUUCCACCAAACUAGAAUUCAUGGAAUGACAGGAGCUUUCAAAAAAUUACCUACCUUUUAUUUGGACCUUGAUGCUAACUAUAAAAAGACAAGGAUUUCCACUGUAAAUGAUGCACAGCAAGCCAUCCCUAGUGGUCCAAAAAAUGUAAAGACACCCAGCCAGAAAUUCAGAAGCCCUACUAUAUCUAGUAUUAUACAACCAGAGAUCUCCAACAACAGUCCUGUUGCUAAGUACCUUGAAACUGAUGUUGAUGAAUGGGUCCCUCCUACCACACAAAAAGUAUUUCCUUCAGAAAUGCUUGGAUUCCAGGCCGUGGGUAUAAGGAAAUGCCCUGCUGCUUAUAAUUCUCCUGAUCAAAAAGAGUUACCAAGGAAAAAACUGAAAUAUGUCAAACAAAGAACUGAUAAAUGCUUAAUUAAGAAAAAGUUAAAUUUGAAGAAUAUGCUUACAGCAGCAGAACAGAAAUCCCCUGACUAUAACAGUACAGGGUUAGGCUGGAUUUUCAAAGAGUCAAUUUUGGGACUUGAUUCCUGUUCAGAAGUCAAAUGUUGCCUUCCAUUUUCAGAAGGUUCGUCACCUUCAGUGCCUGAAACUAAAAGUGCUUGGUCUCCUGAAUUGUUCUCGUAAAAUGUCACCUGAUCCCAAUUUCUGAGCUUUUAAAGGUAAGUCUGUUUGGAAACUCUUGCCUCCAGUGUCAUGGAAAGUGUUCUUACAUUUUGAACACUUGAAGAGAAGCAAAUAGAAAAGAGGUGCUGUUAUGCCUUUUUAAAUGGGGGAAAGCCAUUGUUUUUCCCAGUGUUUUAUCCAGAAUAUUCUGAUUUCAGAUAAUUUGGCACUUUAUCUUAUAUUAUUGAUUGUACUUAUGUAAUACUGUCAGUUUUGCUUGUUGAAAGUAUUUGUUAAAAUCACACAUACAUUCAGAAAUAAAGCCUUUGCAAACCAAAACUUAGUC